AUGUCUUCUAUGAUCACGACCACGGCAUGGGUGCGGCGAGGUGUCGCUGCUCAGUUUCCUGUUAAAUAUGAGAUCGACGAGCAGGAGAUGAAUCGGAUAUCUGAGCUUGCCCGCAUGCAGCUUGAGGAGGCCCAGAGCGAUUUGAAGGCUGCCAAGGAUGGCAAGAUGGACGAUGGCGAAGAUGACGCUGCUAUGGAUGAGGACAACAAGGCCGAUACUAUGGACGACGCGAGCGAGAAGAAAACCUCCAAGGACGGCAACACAAAGUCGACUACUGAUGACGACGUCUUGAAGGAGUUCGAUAUGGACAACUAUGACAAUGAAGAGGUCGACGACGACGGCGAGAAGGUCACCAUGUUCGGCAACGUCCAGUCAUUGGCGUACCACCAGCCCAACGAGGCGGACCCAUACCUCGUCAUCCCCGAGGAUGAGGACGAUGAGGAUCGCGAGGAGCUUCAGAUUAUGCCCACAGACAAUCUCCUUUUGUCCGGAAAGGUCGAGGACGAGGUGGCGCACCUCGAAGUCUACGUCUACGAAGAUUCAGCCGACAACCUCUAUGUGCACCACGACAUCAUGCUGCCUGGCAUUCCCCUGUGCCUGGAAUGGCUCGACAUCCCCGUUGGAAAGAACACCGAGGGCAAGACACAAGGCAACUUCGUCGCUGUGGGAACUAUGGAGCCGGACAUUGAGAUCUGGGAUCUGGAUGUCGUCGACAGCAUGUACCCCAAUGCCAUCCUGGGACAGGGCGGCAAGGAGGGCCAGGCGAAGAAGCAAAAGAAAAAGAAGAGCAAGGCGAACGACGAAUACCACAUCGACUCCAUUCUGGCCCUGGCGGCCAACCGUCAGCACCGUAACCUGCUGGCCUCUGCAUCCGCAGACCGGACCGUCAAGCUCUGGGAUCUGAACACCACCACCUGCGCCAAGUCCUACUCCCACCACACCGACAAGGUUUGCUCGCUCGACUGGCACCCUAAGGAAUCUACCGUCCUGCUGAGCGGUUCCUACGACCGCACCGUCGUGGCCGCCGACAUGCGCGCCCCCGACUCAAAGGCCCGCUGGGGCGUUGACACCGACGUCGAGGCCGUCCGCUGGGACCCUCACGACCCCAACUACUUUUACGUCAGCACGGACGGCGGCAUGGUGUACCGCUACGAUAUCCGUAACGUCCCUGCCUCCCCAGCCGAGUCCAAGCCCGUCUGGUCGCUGCAAGCCCACGACUCCUCCGUCUCCUCCUUCGACAUCAACUGCACCAUCCCCGGCUUCCUGGUCACUGGCUCCACAGACAAGGAGGUCAAGCUGUGGAACGUCGAGAACGACAAGCCCAGCCUGGUCGUCACCCGCAAAUUCGACAUCGGCAAGGUCUUCUCGACUGCCUUUGCGCCCGACCCCGAAGUCACCUUCCGUCUGGCGGUGGCUGGCAGCAAGGGUGUUGUGCAGAUUUGGGACGCAUCGACCAACGCCGCCGUGCGUCGCGCUUUCGUCUCGCGCAUGCCCGAGUUUGAGACUCCCGUUGCCGAGCGCACUAUCGGUGUGAACAAUGACGACGAGGUGUCUGAUGAUGGAGAGGAGCUUGCUGAUGGAGACGCGGGCCCUGAUGGCUGGGAGUCCAUGGAUGAGGAUUAG